GUUAAGUAACUUUAUUGUAGAGUUGACUUCGGGCCAGUUCGGACGUGGACGGUUGGAAAAAAAACCUGUGGAUCUUUUCGUAUCGUGUUCUCAUUUCUUCUGAACGUUAGCAUAUUGGAAAACGAUAUGAUUUUGGACUACGACGAAAAGGCAAGAAACAUACUUCGCAAGUAUCGGUCGCACCGUUAGUGAACUCGAUUUGGCAGACAGUGAAAUGAGCAAUUUAGAAAUAACAGCACCGUGGAAAAUGGUUCAAUGAAAGAGGAUCAUCCGGGAAACCAAACUGUUGUUCAUGAAAAAAAAAACACAGAGAAAACAGUGUUAAAGCGGAGGAGUAUCAGCAGAGAGAAGUUAGCAUCUGUACCGGAGAGAAAAUAUUUGCGAAAUGAUGCACGUUUAACUACGCCAACCAGUAUGAUUGAAGAAGUCUCAGAAUCAGUACCAACAAAGUGAGAUUUUGUUUUACAUUGACUAGUGAAUAUCAAUGAAUGUGAAGUGAUUGAUGUGCUAAGCUGCACAAAGAAUUUUCGUUUGGUGUUGCGAAGAAGAAACAAAAGUGAAAAUGUUACUCGUAAAAAUUCUAACAAUAUCGGUUCUGGUAAUUGGACAAAGUUUCGCUCAGGAUGACAGUUUGGCUGGAAGUUUUUUAUCAGGUCUUCUUGAUUCCAUAACGAGUACUGAAGAUGCCAAAGGGUGUCCUGGAGUUUGCGUGCAUACUCUGGCUACGCUAAUUUGCUAUGAGGUAUUGGAAGACAUACCUUGCCCGUCUCCAAGUAUGAGAUGCUGCGUAGAAAGUCAGACCGCGGCGGCAAACAUAUCCACAUCUACGUCCAGGCCGAAACCUACAACUACUACAAGAACAACGACGACGACGCCAAAACCAACAACAGAAGCCAAAAUAAAGGAAAAGGAUAAAGAUAGCAAAACCAAUUCAACAUGCCCAGGAGUGUGUGUCGCUGAUCGGAUUGCGGAAUAUUGCGAGGCAUAUUUGAUGACACCAGGACUCUGUAAAAGUGGUACUAAAUGUUGUGUCUCAAGAGACAUUUAUCCCGACAAGCCACCCGCAGACCUAUACGUCCCUACGGCACAUUAUGAUCCCAAAAUGAAUAAAACAACGACACCGAAACCAUAUUCAAAAAGCACAGAGAAAAUUACCUUGACGGAAGAGCCCAUCAAAUCAAAGAUUAACCCAGCUACUAAACCAACAAAACCAAUUCCUCCAAAGCAGAAAAUAGUCCAAACAGGCAACCCGCAGGGCACCGUUCAUAAAUCGUGUGAAGGGGAAUGUGUCAAUGGAUUGUUUGCAUUGUUUUGCGACGAUGUCGACAGUGAGGCUUUUUGUCCUAACGAAGGUUCUUGUUGUGUAACGGGAGCUAACGAUGAUACGAAACAGGAAAUAGCUACAACGACUAGAAGACCUGCAACCCCGCCUCCAUUACCACGAUGUCCAGGAUUCUGCAUGUUGAAUAUCAUGGCUGCAUUUUGUGAGCGACCAUCGGUCCUUAUUCAACAUACAGCAAAUUGUAAGCGUGGAUCAGUCUGUUGUGAUAACACGAAAGUACCGGUUACACGACCUCCACCCAAGCGGCAACCACCUCCAGCUCCAACUACUACUCCGACCCCGACCACUACUGCAGCACCAGAUCCCAGAGAAGAAUGUCCAGGAUCAUGUAUCGUGAGCCUGCUAAGCUUUACCUGCUUCCGUAAUGCUGAGAUGACUGAUCUAUUCAGAUGCAAAAAAUCUGGAACACAAUGCUGUGCUCCGAAGUCAAGGAUACAAGAAGUGCAGCUAGCAGCUGGUAAAAUAAAACCUAACGACACCAUGAACUAUCCACCGGCACCUCAGAUUGUUGGACAACAUCACACACCUCAAGCGCAACAGAUUCAUCCUCCACCACAACCACCAUCGCAGGCCGGUUACGGACCGCCAGUGCCUAAUAGUUAUCCAGGACCAGUGAAUAACAACAUAUACGAUUUACCACCAACGCAGCAACCUAUUAAUCAGCUUACACAGGCUGUUUAUGAACCACUCACAACUACGACGACGUUGAGACCUCAUGUUUAUUCUAAAUAUGUAUGUGGUGUGAAAGGUACCAGUCGGGCAGCCCGUUCCUUCAUUAGUCGAACAGCGCUAGAAGAUGUUUCCUUCGGCAGAAGUCGUACAGGACGCCAUAUCGAAAUGGAGGACAUAUACAGGACAAAGAGCACCGAACGUUUAGUUCUCGGUCACAGCAUUGUACCGAUUCCUAUCAUUUAUCACGACCACAACGAUACCGUCCCGGAAGAUUUGAUUCACCAUCCCAGCAUCGCGAGAGCGAAUUCCACUACUGCUAAAUACUGGAACAGCCAUCAUCGGAAAGCUCGGGUGGUUGGUGGUGAAGAUGGCGAAAAUGGAGAGUGGUGUUGGCAGGUUGCGUUGAUUAACUCCCUGAAUCAAUAUCUCUGUGGAGCGGCCCUCAUAGGUACGCAGUGGGUGUUAACGGCGGCACAUUGUGUAACCAACAUCGUCCGAUCGGGUGACGCAAUUUACGUUCGCGUUGGUGAUUAUGACUUGACGCGCAAGUAUGGAAGUCCGGGUGCACAAACGCUGAGAGUGGCCACUACCUAUAUUCACCAUAACCACAACAGUCAAACUCUGGACAAUGAUAUCGCACUUCUCAAGCUGCAUGGUCAGGCUGAACUGAGGGACGGCGUUUGCUUGGUUUGCCUGCCGGCACGAGGCGUGAAUCACGCGGCUGGAAAACGUUGUACCGUUACCGGUUACGGCUACAUGGGAGAAGCUGGUCCAAUUCCAUUGCGAGUCCGGGAGGCAGAAAUUCCAAUCGUCAGCGACGCGGAAUGUAUCAGGAAGGUGAACGCUGUCACGGAGAAGAUCUUCAUUCUACCGGCAUCUAGUUUCUGUGCGGGCGGCGAGGAAGGAAACGAUGCAUGCCAGGGUGACGGUGGAGGGCCGCUGGUCUGCCAAGAUGACGGAUUCUUCGAGCUAGCUGGACUCGUGUCAUGGGGCUUCGGAUGCGGCCGAGUUGAUGUACCGGGAGUGUAUGUUAAGGUGUCUUCGUUCAUUGGCUGGAUUAACCAAAUCAUUAGUGUCAAUAAUUUAUGAUCGACAUAAGAGUAAAACCCUUUUGUCCGUACCGUACUCUUUGUAAAUUAAACUAGAAUGAUGUUAGAUUGUAAAGAAUACAAGAUAAGUUAAUUUAUUGGUUUGUAGUCAGUAGGCAUUAAAAAUUUCAAGCUAAAUCUAGGAUUUCAUCAUCAUUCUGUCAAAGGUACAGAAUCUACUAUUUAUAAACAUUCUAUUAUUUAUUAAUACUUAACCCUGGACCACGCAAUGUGAAAUUCACAUUAUAGAAAAAAUCUAUUUAAAUAAGUGUUCUUGACAGUUGUCAAGGCUUUCACCUACUGUACUAGCUGUUGCUGAAAUUCCGAAAAUUAAGUACAGUAAUUCAGUGUUAUCAUUCUGUCAUCUAAAUUAUUUCUUCGCACCAUUGUAUACUGAAGUUGGUUUUGAAUUCUUUUAAGAUCAAUAAAGUCAUUGUAAUUAGCCAUGUAAGUGUUUUGUUAUUAAAUAUUGAACAUGGAACGAAUUUGAAUAGGUAACAAAUUGUGUCCCGCCGUAUAUUUUAUUUCCUUUCCUUUCAUAUUUUGUUUGUGUCCUUACCUUAUAAUUGUCAGUCCCAGUGAUCAAUGCACUCCCAACAAUAUGUUCAAGAUCGGUCGGCGGGGUUCAACGUGUUAGCCAUGUUUUUUUAUCUGUUCUUCAAUUGAGAAAUCGUCAACAAACACUUGUUAGUUUUUUAAUGCUACAUUAUAUUGAUGUAUGGAUCUGAAUGUGGUAUGAUUAUAACUUUCCCGGUCAACAAUAAAGGAUCUAUUUUGAAAA